ACUUACAAAAUACGCAAACAGCACGAUGUCGCCGGCGAUGCGCUUGUGCGCCCUUUUGCUGUUCACGAGUAUCUCUUUCGCUGAGAUCCACAAUAAAGCUUGGUGGAACAACACUGUUUUUUAUCAGAUUUACCCAAGAAGCUUGUACGACUCGGAUGCUAAUGGCAUAGGCGAUUUGAAAGGGAUAACUUCGAAGUUGGAUCAUAUCGUUGAAAGUGGUAUCAAUGCAAUCUGGCUAUCACCCAUAUAUCCGAGUCCUAUGGUAGAUUUUGGAUACGACAUAUCCGACUUCACAGAUGUCGAUCCAAUUUUUGGUAAUCUUCAGGACUUCAAGGUUCUUCUGGCGCGUGCUAAAGAACUCGGCUUAAAAGUGGUUCUCGAUCUUGUGCCGAAUCACACGUCCGACAAGCAUAUAUGGUUCCAAAAGGCUCUUCAGGGCGACAGCAAGUACAAAGACUAUUAUGUAUGGGCGAAUGGCAAAAAAGAGAAUGGCAAAAAGCCGCCCAACAAUUGGAUUAGCGUGUUUAGCGACUCCGCGUGGACUUACGUCGAUUCGCACAAGCAAUGGUAUCUUCAUCAAUUCGAAUACAGGCAACCCGACUUGAACUUCUACAAUCCUGCCGUAAGAGAAGAGUUAAUAAAAGUCCUCAAGUUUUGGCUGGACCUUGGUAUAGACGGAUUUCGCGUCGAUUCCAGUCCGUUCAUCUACGAAGAUUCGAAAUUACGGGAUGAGCCGAGAAGUGGCGCGGCCGACACCACACCGCGAGAUUACAAAUACCUAAAUCACAUUUACACGAUAGAUCAAGUUGCCACUUACGAGUUACUCGGGACUUGGCGAAAAUUUAUGGACGAGUACGCCGAUGCACGUAAUCUGGAUCAAAAGUUGUUUGUGAUGGAGGCGUACACCAAUUUGGAGCACACUAUACUGUACUACGAUUACGACUUGCUACCCUUCAAUUUCAUGUUCGUAGUUAAUCUGACCGUUAAAUCGUCCGCGCAAGAUUUCAAGCGUGAGAUCGACACCUGGAUGAGUUCGAUGCCGAGCGGCGAAAUUGCCAAUUGGGUGUUGGGCAAUCACGACAAUCCGCGCAUCGCUUCUCGUUUCCCUGGCAGGUCUGAUCAAAUGACCAUGUUGUCCAUGAUCUUGCCAGGUCUAGCGGUGACGUAUAACGGCGAUGAGAUCGGCAUGGUCGACAAGAGAGACAUAUCCUGGGAGGACACGAAGGAUCCCGCGGCGUGCAAUGCGGGCAAAGAUACUUACGCGACUGUAUCCCGUGAUCCAGAGCGCACGCCGUUCCAGUGGGACGCGACGAAGAAUGCAGGCUUUAGCACGGCAAACUCGACGUGGCUGCCAGUACACGAGAACUACAAGACAUUGAAUUUGGCAGAGCAGAAGGCGGCUAAUGUAUCACAUUACAAAAUCUACAAGACUUUAACCUCCAUGCACCAAACGGAACCGGCUCUUACCGAGGGAAGUUACAGAUCGAUCACGACGAAUGGUAACAAAGUUCUGGGUGUGAUUCGCAACUCUGGUUUCCGCUUCGUACUACUCCUGAUCAACUUCGAGGACAACGAACCGCAAGUCGUCGAUCUAUCGAACGAAGGACUCCCGACGAGACUGUCGGUUAAAGUCGCCAACUUGGAUUCUAACGUGCAACCGGGGACGACAGUCGAUGUGAGCAAAAUAUAUUUACCGGCGAAGGCUGCUGUAAACAUGGUAGACGUUACAACAGCUUUGCCGACUAAUGGAGGAGGGUCGUUAAUUGGACGUACCAGAGGUGCUCUCAGGUCGGUGCGAUCCGCCCUGGGCGGCAGCGGGGAGUAUCUUCAGGGUCUAGGAAACAGAAUAGGAUCCGCUCUCAGUAGCAGCUUGGAGGAAAGCGAAUUGACCACGACUCCGUCUUCGCCGUCGUCGCCGCCGCGAGCAGUACCGCCUAUAAAGCCGCCUAUCAAGUCGGAGGAGCAAUUAGGGCGGCGGAAACUUCGGCUCCCGAGAUUCGGCGCGGGAUUAUCUUACGAGGAUUACGAGGCGAUAGCGCGGCACAAAUUGGAACGACAGGGAAGCACCAAUAUUUCCAGGUGUACGCGGAAGUAUCCGCCCGGAAUGACUUACGAGGAAAUUGCGUCCUCGAGAUCGGCCUCGAGCAAGAAGCAGGAGAGCCGAACGGAACAGGACGACAUCAGUCCUGAUCGAGACAGCCAGGAAAGUAUAGAGCCCCUCCAAGAACAGGACAUCAAAGCGACCGGACCUGAUCCUUACGAGAAGUUGAAUUACAAAGCAGACAUACCUUGCAGCAGUGACUCUACUAGCGAUCAAGACGGAUACGGGCCCAGCACCAGUCUGGAUUCCAAUAUGGACGGUCGCAGAGCGUGGCAGCGAUCAGGAUCAUCAGGUUCUGUACAAUCCUGGGCUUCGAGUUUAUCGGCCGACAGCCAAUCGGAGGAAGCAGCUGCAGACUUUAUGAAGACUUUCGUGCCUCUUUUAUUCGACGCUCCUAACAGUAUCGAUCAGGAGCAGAAGGCUAAUUUCGGACAGAUGGUCCUGGCAGAAUCGGGAAGAAUAUGGUUCUCCAGAGUGGUGAACGCGAGAAGGGCGCGCGCUUGCGUCACGGAAGCUUCGUUCUACUCCUUGGCUCAGCACUUCGCGGUCGCGCUGUUCGAAUGCCACGAGGCAGACGAUUUUGCACCCGCUAAGAGUCUUAUGAAUAUGUGCUUCACUUUUUAUCACGAAGUGGAAGUCCCAGGACUAGAGCCAUAUCGCGAGUAUCUCUACACGCACUUGCGCGUCCAACCGAUAUGGACAUCUAUGAGGUUUUGGACUGCUGCCUUCUUCGACGCGGUGCAAUGCGAGCGAGCCUCCAGGCCGGUGCCACCACGACCAAAGUCCUUGGAUCAAGAGAGCAUCGCUGCCGAGGAUCGAAGGUUUCAAGCUAACAUCGUCUUCGGACAAUUAGGGACUUUUACAUGCAAUAUGCAUGCUUUCGGCCUGUCACGAGCUUUGUGCACCGAGUUCCUGCGGAAACAAUGCAUCAUCGCGAAUUUAACCAAAGAGCAAGAGAAGAUGCUACGAGACAACAUUGAUAGGAUGUUCGACGAGACCGAGCCAUGGCGGUAGUUCAGCUCGAGCGAUUUGAACAGUCGCGGAAAUUAUCCUGGAGGAGUCAUCCAAUGUUUCUUCCUGUUUUCGGCAAAAACCGAAUUAUUCCCGAGCGUUCAGGAAGCGACGAGGUCAAUUGCGAGUCCGAUCUUGUUGAUCGUAAACCGACAUUUAUUGAAUCUUUCGUGGCAUGCGAACCUGAACACGUCGCUUUCUGGGACGCGUUGCGCGGACUAGCCGUUCAAUCUUAUCAACAGUACCAAAGUUCUUACGGUUCCGAUACAAAAUAUGUAAGAUAUUAGUACUAACGGGGCUUAAAGAGAAUAAGAGCAGUUGAAACCUGAAGUCUGCGACGCGGGGAGAGAUUUUGAGAUAAAACGUUGAAACUUGAUUAUUCAGACUGCGAUGAUAAAGUUAAGCUUCGAAAUGACAAUAAAGUACGAAAGUGAGAGCUGCGUUGUUGGCAGUUUGAUCAAAGUAUA